AUGCUGGGGGUGAAUAAAGUGCAUAAAGCAGCAGCCAGAGCCGUUGCCGAGUUCACCUGCGAUCUAAUUCAAUCACGACUUGGUUUGAGCAGGAUGUUUGUUCAGUGCCUACGCAGCAAAAGAAGCACGAGGCACAUCAGGUACAUAUAUAACUUCCUCGCCGCCGUCCUGGGGAAGCGUUUCCGUGAAUGUCGGGUAGAAAUGUUUGGCACCAUUACCCAAGGUUUGGGACUCUACAGCAGAUUGGGAUCACUGCGGUUCGACACUGUCGUUAACAAUAUCGGCGGCACGAAGGUGACCCCAAGAAUAUUUGAAAGAAAUGCCCGCAUUGAGACCACUGUUAAUGACCGUCAAGGUCUUCUCUCUCAGCACGACCUGAAUUCAGCUGCAACUGGGGGCUCCAGUGGCUAUGUGCUUACUCGCGACUUCCUCUUAAUGCAGCCCAAUCCGUGUGGUCGCCCACAGGCAUGGAUAGACGGCCCGAUAGGCAGCGAAAGAUUUGGGUUUUCUGCUACUGGAUUUUAUGUGUCCAAGUUCCCGUAUGAAACACAUUACUCACAUUUCUGUCAAGGGUGGGAAGCUUCUUCCGAAAGCGGAUGUAUUGUGGGUAUCGCAGAUCUGCUACCGCCAACUUCGCGUGGAACGCCUCACAACGGAAGGAGUCAAUAUAGCAAGGGCCUUGAAAAAAAACUGAAACCCUCAAAGCUGCGUUUUGUGAGGGACUUGCACAACUUCGAAAUCUGA